AUGGCACCACCCACCACCACGAAAUCUCUCAAAGAUGGUCUUCAUGCUCAUGCUGAAGAAAUUGAAGAAGAAAAUAAAUCUACUUCAGGUUCUUCGGAAUACUUACAAAAUAAUGAUUACAACCCAUUAACUAUCGAAGAAACAAAGAAUGGCCUAUCUCCACAACAUCAAAUGAUUGAAGAAAAAUCUCAACAGGACCAUAAAAAAUCUAAUAGUAUUCGCCGCCUAUUAAAAAAGGAAGGAAAGUAUACAGAGCUGGAGAAAACAGCUCAAGAAGAGAAAAAAUCCGAAGGUCUCGUUCGUACUAUAUCAGGAAUAUUUACUCAUAGGUCGAAAUCCGAAGAGAAACGCAAGGAUGGUGCGGAUGAUAAGAGACACCGUCAUUCUUCUAGACAAUCUAAUAAUAGUGAAACAAAGUCCAAAAGUAGACGUAGUUACAUUUUUUCUUCGGAUAACGAAGAUGAAGUUAUGAAGCAACAAACUAGAAGAAACCAAAGAGCAAAUAGUAAUGAUUUUCCGCAUUCUGAUAAUGAAGGCGAGAAGUCAAAGAAUAUUAAACAAAAAAACCGACUUAGUUUAAAUUUGGAUAGAUUCUUAAGACAUGAUGAUCAUAAACAUAAAAGCCUCAACAAUAAUGACAUAACUGAUAUGUUCCUUCCAGAAACUAACAGUUCACCUAUUAGAACUAAAGGGCGUCCUGAUUCGUCCG